CCUUCCGUCUGCUUCUCUGUAUCCUCUCUCCAAGUCUCUCUCUCUUUCUCUCUUUUUCUCCCACUUGAAACGCGUGUCCCUGUCCGCUCCUCUCGUCGCCGCCGUCUCCGUCCUUGCGCCUAGCUCUAUCUCUUUCCAUCUAUCGCGUACGCUCCUUGUUGCUCCAACACCUGGCUCGCGACGCGCCUCUCCGCUCCGCUCCGGAUACACAGCGGCUUCGUCAACGCGCCGCUGUCGUCUUCGCGGUCGCCGUCAUCGUCGGUCGUCGCCGGCGCGCGGUAUAUGCAUACGCACGUUCGUAUGCACUCCGUGAAAAGGAGAGAGAAGAAUUCGCAGUGCCACGUUUCGAUGCGCCCGGUCGUCGCCGUGUCGCGCGUGUUUCCUCCGCAGCACGAGGAGUAGUGAACUGUGCGCGGGCGCCGGACGACGCGAACCGCAAGCGAGCGGCGGUCGCUCGUUCGCAUUUCCAAGCCUUGGUGUGUUGCUCGUACGCGGGUGUCAGUGACAUUAUUCUAGUCUAGUUUUCCAUCUUCGUGUUGUCACUCACAGCAGCACGACGGCGAGUCGGGUGUUUUUCGAGAAUUCACAAAGUGCCAUAUCGUAUAAGAGGUUGGGGCGACAUAAAGCGACGCGGUCUCAUUUACAUACGCCGCGCGGCAGAUUGGAAUCCGAAGGUGAGGGAAUCCUUGGCCGAUUCCUCGAACGACGGGAGGGUCCGAGAAAACCGAUCGCGUUCCAGCCGAAGCUGGUGCACGUCGUGGUAAACAACGACGAAUAAUCGGCGGAUACCACGAAGAUUCGCGCGUCGUGCAUUCCGCCACGCUGUCGAAUAUAACGGCGAUAAAAACGAGAAGGAAACACGAGACUAUUCAACGAACGACGAGCUGAAAAGCCGAGAGCUCUUCCAACUCGAGAGCGAACUUUGAGAGAGAAAAUUUAGGAAAAUGUAAGAAGAGUAUAUUCACGCGACUGGAAGCCAACGAACUAGGCGUGUCCAGGUAUACUUCGAAAGAACGCGAGAUUUCUACGAACACAAAUCGCUGUCGAAUGGUGAACGCGAUUUAAACGCGGAAUAAGCGAGCUAAUCGCGAGCCCUGCCGCCGGCUGUUGUCAGGGCGGUGGAGAACGGUGCCGGUUCCGCGUUCUCGUGUCGUGAAGUGUGUCAUGAUAGUUCGCGCGUGAGCCGGGCAUGAACGUUGAAACCUGCACCCUCUACUUCGCUGGGACGGCCCGGGGCCCGGAGAAGGACAGGAUGUCGACCCAGGCUUACUACAAGGAGCGGCUCGGCUUCGACCCGGCGGACACCGUCGCCGAGCAUCAGCGCGAGCAACGCUCACAGCACGGUUACGAGGAGUCACUCUCCAAAUUCAAAGACGAACGAGAUGCUAUACAGAAGAAGACCUUCACGAAGUGGGUGAACAAGCAUUUGAAAAAGGCGAGCAGACAUGUCGGGGACCUGUUCGAGGAUCUACGCGACGGCCACAAUCUCAUCUCCUUGCUGGAAGUGCUCUCGGGCGAGCACCUUCCGCGGGAGAGGGGUCGAAUGCGCUUUCACAUGCUGCAGAACGUGCAGAUGGCCCUCGAUUUUUUACGGUACAAGAAGAUCAAGCUGGUCAACAUCCGGGCGGAGGACAUCGUGGACGGUAACCCGAAGCUCACACUUGGCCUGAUAUGGACUAUUAUCUUGCACUUCCAGAUAUCGGACAUAGUGGUCGGUCAGGAACCAAACGUGCCGCGAGAGCGGCUCGACCGGGUCUUCUUCGUCGCCGAGCGCGAGUACGGCGUUACCAGGCUUCUCGAUCCAGAAGAUGUUGAUACCCCCGAACCGGACGAGAAGUCCUUGAUAACGUACAUCUCUUCGCUCUACGACGUGUUCCCGGAGCCGCCGGCCAUUCACCCUCUAUACGACGCCGAGGCGCAAAGACGAUCCGCGGAAUAUCGUGAGCUUGCGACCUCUCUUCAUAUGUGGAUCCGCGAGAAGAUGGCCCUCAUGCAAGAACGAUCUUUUCCGCCGACUCUGAUCGAGAUGAAGAAACUAGCGGCGGAUAGUACGAAGUUUAAAAAUGAGGAGGUACCACCACGAUACAGGGACAAACAGAGAUUGACGUACAUCUUCCGAGACCUGCAAAAGUAUUUCGAAGCGGUGGGCGAAGUGGACAUGGAACCAGAAUUACAUAUUGAUGUCAUCGAAAAGAAUUGGAAUCGCCUAAUAAUGUUGCAUCAGGAGCGCGAGCAGGCUAUUAUAGACGAAAUUAAACGACUCGAGCGACUGCAACGACUCGCCGAGAAAGUGCAUCGUGAGAUGAAAACGACUGACAACAGAUUGGAGGAGCUCGAGAGACGUGUGGAGGACGAAGCACGCAGACUCGAUCGCCUUCAUCCUUUGGAGGCGAAACACGCGGUGGACCUGCUGGAACAGGACAUACGCAGCACGGAAACCCAGAUACAGAAUAUAUUUACCGAUGUGCAUACCCUUACGGAGGGUAGAUACAGUCAGGCGCCCGAGCUUCAUAAGAGAGUACAGAAAUUGCAUCAAAGAUGGGUUGUACUACGAUCUCUCCUGCAUAGGCGUCUGGUACAACCUCUCUCUGCGGUUUCCUUCCCUGUGGAGGAACGUGUUGUCACGAAACACCGCACUACCGUCCAUGAAACACGAUUGGUUGAUACCAAUCCACACUUCCGCACGUUACACGAUUGCAUAGAUUGGUGUAAGAGCAAAUUGAAGCAUCUACAAGAAGCUGAUUACGGAUCGGACUUGCCUAGUGUGCAAAAUGAAUUGGAUGUACAUCAGCGAGAGCACAAGAACAUCGACCAAUUCAAAGCCAAGGUCGACAAGUGUGUACAGGCAAAGAACAAUUUCCAUGGCGAGGAACUCACGUUGUACAGUCAGCAUCUUAACACUCUGCAGAAACUUUAUGCCGAGCUUCUUAACGUAUCGAAUAAGAGGCUUUCUGAUUUGGAUACCCUGCACGAUUUUAUACAAUCGGCUACUGGCGAAUUGGUUUGGUUGAACGCCAAAGAGGAAACAGAAGUCACGCGCGAUUGGAGCGACAAGAACCUUAAUGUGCAGAGCAUCGAGCAAUAUUACGAGUCUUUGAUGAGCGAUUUGGAGAAACGAGAGAUACAAUUUUCGGCAGUGCAAGAUCGUGGUGAGGCACUUGUUCUUCAGCAUCAUCCUGCGGCAAAAACGAUCGAAGCUUACAUGUCCGCUAUGCAAACUCAGUGGGCUUGGUUAUUACAACUCACUCUCUGCCUUGAAGUACAUUUAAGACACGCCGCGCAAAACCAGCAAUUUUUCAAAGAAAUUCAGCAGGCCGAACAGUGGGUCACCAAACAGGAUGAAACGCUGAAUACCGUUUACUCGCAAUCCGAUUUCUCAUUGGACGAAGGAGAACGGCUUUUGAAGGGCAUGCAAGAGUUGCGCGAGGAGCUUAAUAAUUAUGGUGAUCACGUACAGAGACUCGUGGAGAGAGCAAAGGACAUUGUUCCUAUGAAGCAACGCAAACAACCAGUUAUGCGACCGUUACAGGUUACUUGUAUCUGUACUUACAAACAAGUCAAUAUGUCCAUCGAGAAAGGAGAACAAUGCACGCUGUACGAUAAUUCCGGCAGAGUUAAAUGGCGCGUCAAGAACACGCAGGGAGUGGAAUCUCCUGUACCAGGUGUCUGCUUCGCGCUGCAACCUCCCGAUAAAGAAGCAUUGGAUGCUGCGGAAAGAUUGAGACGACAAUAUGACAGAAGUGUUGCUCUCUGGCAACGAAAACAAUUGAGACUAAGACAAAACAUGAUAUUCGCGACUAUCAAGGUAGUCAAGGGUUGGGAUCUGCCGCAAUUCUUGGCGAUGGGACAAGAUCAACGUACAGCUAUCAGAAAAGCGCUGAAUGAAGAUGCAGAUAAGUUACUAUCCGAAGGAGAUCCAGCGGAUCCACAACUCAGAAGAUUGAAACGCGAGAUGGCGGAUGUUAAUCGACUGUUCGACGAUUUCGAGAAACGCGCCAGAGCCGAGGAAGAAUCGAAAAAUGCUGGACGCAUUUUCAACGAUCAAGCGUCUUCGCUUCAGCAGGCACUCGACGAAGCCGAGCGAGUACUGAACUCGCGCAUAGCCGCGCCCUUACCUCGAGAUCUUGAUAGCUUGGAACAUCUCGUAUUGCAGCACAAAGAUUACGAGCAGCAUCUGCAACGCUUUGCACCGGACGUGGAACAAAUGCAACAGACGUUCCGCGGAAUUACUCUGAAGACUCCGGCGAUGAGGAAUAAACUCGAUAAUAUCAUGAGCAAAUGGAGUCACUUGUGGAACCUUAGUAGCUUGUAUGUUGAGCGCUUGAAGUGUGUUGAGAUUGUGCUGUCCAGCCUUGAAGAAAACACGACGGCAAUCUCCGAGUUUGAAAUUAAAUUGGCCUCCUUCGGCGAAUUACCAUCGGACGUAAAGGGUUUGCAAAGCGUAUUGGAAGACCUGAUGGUUCUUCAGAAUGCUAUCGCACAGCAACAAGUAUCAGUAGAUCAAUUGAAUGAAGAUGCGCAUAACGCCAGACGUCUUGUAGAGAAAUCAAGGCCGAAUCAUCGAGGUCCGCACGGCGACAUGGAUAGAUUAGACGCUGAGGUUAACAAACUAAACGCGCGAUGGACAAACGUCUGCGGGCAGUUGGUCGACAGACUACGCAGUGCCGAAACAGCCUACGGAUUGGCACAGCAGUAUCAAAACUCAUAUCAGAACGAGGUGGACUUUGUCGAUGAAUCAUAUGGAAAAUUAGAGCUAGAGAACACGAAGAACCUGUUGAGCAAGGUGUUGGAUCGCACGCCGGCAAUCGAAGCGGUGAAUCUCACGGGCGGUAGAUUGAUCCGUGAAGGGAAGAUCUACGGACAAAGGCUCCGAGCGUUCAAAGAACAAUUGGAAGAUAUCUGCCCGUCGUUGGACGCAUCGGUGAAGAGGCCACGGAGAGAUUCCGUUAUUACAGUCGAUAAUGUUGCGCGCGAUCUAGAUACCCUGAACCGAAGGUACACGACCCUUGUGAAUCUGCUUGAGGAGCGAGUCAAGCAGCUGGCAUUACUACAUCCUGAGGACACUUCCUUACAGCGUGUUCUUCAAGAACAAAGGCCGCUGCGGACGUUCCGCACAGAGUUCAACAUAUAUGAAAGCACUACUAGCGAGGAGCGUUACACAUCCACAACCACACACUACACCCAGUCACAAUAUACCUCCGAGAGGCAUGAGUCCACCGAGACGACUUUCUCGAGCGAGACUUCGAAGAGAAGUUACAAUGCGGAGCAGGCCGUGUAUCGUCCUAAUGACGAGACCACCAGCCUGGGUGCGGUUCAACCCGACGGCGUCGGUGGUACCCUGCUCAAACGCUCGCACGAGAGCGGUACGACGAACUAUGACAGGCGACAGCAGCAGCACGAGUUUUCGUCCGUCGUGGACGGCGGGUUUAGUAGCGAGCUUAGAGGGGUCGACGAUAGGGGUAAUAUUAUCGAAUCGGUUCACGUGAUGGACGUUAAGUGUAUCAUAGAUCAGAGCACCGGCAAAGUCCUUAGCGUGCGCGAGGCGAUUCGGCUCAAGAUCCUCGACGUUAGGAACCUUAGGAUAGUGACAUCGAGCGAUGGCAGGACGAGCGUGUCGAUCCAGGAGGCCGCGCGUGACGGUAUCAUCAACGCGGAGAUGGCCGAUUGGCUGUUAACUCCAAACGGUCGGGUGUCUAUGCUCGCGGCAAUGAGUAACGACAGCACGUCGUGA